ACAUAAAUUUCCUAUAUAAUAUGUAAAAUACCAAUACAAACCUUGAAAAGUGAUUAUUUACGAUAUAAAUGAUAAUUUAUUUUAGAUUUGUGGUAUGAAAAUUGGGGCUUAACAAUAACAAAAAAUAUUGGGGGAGACUGGAUGAUUACGAGAAGUCUUUUUUGAUAACUUCGAUUAUUGAUUGCUUCUCAAGAUUUUACAACCAUGAGUCCAGUGGAGAGUGUACCAGUUGCAGUCCUCAACCAUGUUGAUGAUUAUGUUGAAUUAUUGUAUGAUGACAUACCAGAAAAAAUUAAAGGCUCAGCAUUAAUCUUGCAACUUGCAAGAAAUCCAGACAAUUUAGUAGAGCUGGCUAGAAAUGAGGCCUUGCUGAGUGCUCUGUCUAGAGUUCUCAGGGAAGAAUGGAAGAGGAGCAUUGAGUUGAGUACAAAUAUUGUAUACACAUUUUUCUGUUUCUCAACAUAUAUUGAAUUUCAUUCAGUGAUUAUUCAGUACAAAAUUGGUUCACUCUGUAUGGAUGUAAUUGACUAUGAACUGAAAAGGUAUGAUCAAUGGAAAGAAAAGGUUGAGGGGAAGAAGCAAGUACUCACUCCUGAUAAGAAUGAAUUACCAAAGAGCCGAAUUCCGGAACCCAAACGCCGUCCCAAAUCAGGUACAUGGGCAGUUGCUGAUGUUAAUCUUCAAAAGACUAGAUCCCUUGUAUCUAGUUACCAUGAGGAUUUAUGUAACGCGUCUGAUGAAAUUUUAUCCAAAAAUGAUGAAGAACAGAUGAAAAGGAAGCUGAAGGCCUUAUCGAAACGACAAGAACAGCUAUUGCGUGUAGCAUUUUAUAUGCUAUUAAAUAUAGCGGAUAAUGUUAAGGUGGAAGAGAAGAUGCACAAGAAAGAUAUUGUGGGCUUGCUCAUUGGAGCUAUGGAAAGACAUUCAAAUAUUGAUCUUCUGAUUUUAAUUGUAUCAUUUCUGCAAAAACUUUCCAUUUUCAUUGAGAAUAAAAACUCUAUGGCUUCAAAGGGCAUUAUUGAUAAAUUAGCACCGCUAUUAGAUUCGCCAAAUGCCGAUUUAGUGAAUGUCACCUUAAAACUUUUAUUUAACUUAACUUUCGACUCUAAAUUACGCAACAAAAUGAUUAAAUUGAACAUGUUGCCGAAGCUUAUUCAAUUCACAAGUGAUGAUAAACACAUUACACUGGCAAUGAAAAUUUUAUACCACCUCAGCAUGGAUGAUCGCGUCAAAGUUAUGUUUACACAGUCCGAUUGUGUGAAAUUGCUAACAGAUAUGUUACUCCUCAACGUAAACAGCGAUAUAAACUGCGAAAACGGGCCAGGAACCACUGAUGUAUUACUCGCUUUAUGCGUGAACCUCGCGUGGAACGAGCGAGCAGCACAACAGAUGACGUCAGAGGGCCGCUUGCGCGAGUUACUUGCGCGAGCGUUUCGACAUCGCAAUGCUAUGCUCAUGAAGCUAGUGAGGAAUCUGUCUCACCAUGCAGCUAAUAAACCACUUUUUGUUGAAUUUGUUGGUGACGUGGCAGGAGCGGUAACGAGCGGUGAAGCUCCUGAAGAAUUCGUAAUUGAAUGCCUCGGGACUUUGAGCAAUAUUCUAAACCCAUUAAACAACAUAGAUGUGUAUGCUGUUGUCGAAAGAUAUAAUUUGAUUCCAUACAUAAUGAAGGUUCUCAACCCAGAGGAGAAGUGCUCUCCCGAGCUGGUACUAGAGGCAGUGGUGUGCGCGGGCGCGGUGUGCGCGGAGGAGCGCGGUGCGGGCGCGCUGGCGGCGGCGGGCGGCGGGCACGCGCUGGUGGCGGCGCUGCGCCAGCGGCAGGCGGACGACGAGCACGUGCUGCAGACCGUGUUCGCGUUCCGCCAGAUGCUGUCGCACGCGACCGCCGCGGACCACCUCGUGGCGGCGACUGAAGCACCGGCCUAUUUAAUCGAUCUCAUGCAAGACAAAAACGUUGAAAUCAGGAAGAUGUGCGAUUCUUGUCUCGAUAUAAUAUCCCAAAUGCAAAAUGAAUGGGCUAAUAGAAUCAAGCUGGAGCGGUUCCGCUGCCACAACGGGCAGUGGCUGUCGGUGGUGGAGACGCUGGGCGCGGAGGGCGGCGCGGGGGACGCGGCGGACGACCUGCCGCCCUACCUCUCCGCGGAGUACCUCACUACACACCGCCUUACUACUUCGGAUUCCCAAACAUCACUUAAUGAUGAUACAGACAGCUUUUCAGGAGACGAUUAUAAUAGAGCAAAUAGUCGGAACACGCAGGACGGCCAUUCGGACGAUCUGGGGCUAUCGGACUCGCUCUCUGGAAAGACGCUAGACGAUGAUGCACAAUUUUCAAAAAAUCUUAACGUUUUCGCUUAAAUGUUCA